UCUUCAUUCUCGAAUAAAUUUAAAUUGAGGCAAAGGGCAUUUAAUACACGAAACAAGAGCAUUUAAAUAGUAAUUAAUACAAAUUUCGUUGUUACAUGCAAUAUAUAACAAACGACCACCGCCAUCAGCAACGACAACAAUAGCAACAACAGCAGGAGAAAUAAGGAGUCGACGUUGAAAACUGUUCACUUAUGUGUGAUUAAUUAGCAAGAUUCCCAAAUAAUCCUUUAUUAUUCAUAAUUCCAUGAUGAUUAAACAGUAAGGUAAAUUGACGCUUGAAGAAUUAAAUGUUGAGGUUGGAUCCGGAAGUGAUGUCAUCAGUCUGUGAUGGUGGUUUAAGCUGUUUUCUAUUCCUGACCGCCGCACUGACAGACUUGUGACUUAUUUUCUGAUUAUAUAUACUCACAUUCGUACUCAAUACAAUCAACAUGAAUGUCGUUCAGGCUGUAAAACAAUAUAUUUCAAAAAUGAUUGAAGAAAGUGGUCCAGGAAUGAAAGUGUUGUUAAUGGACAAGGAAACGACACCAAUUGUGAGUAUGGUUUUUGCCCAAUCUGAGAUUUUACAAAAGGAAGUCUAUUUAUUUGAACGCAUUGACGCCUCUUCCAGAGAAACUAUGAAACACCUGAAAUGCAUUUGUUUUCUACGACCAACUAAAGAAAAUGUCCAGCAACUUUCCCAAGAACUACAUCUCCCCAAAUAUGGUUUAUAUUAUAUUUAUUUCAGCAAUGUAAUCAGUAAGCAGGAUGUGAAAGUCUUAGCAGAAGCCGAUGAUCAUGAAGUUGUUCGUGAAGUGCAGGAAUUUUAUGGCGAUUAUAUUGCUGUGAAUCCACAUCUAUUUUCUCUAAACAUUGUAGGAUGUUGUCAGGGUUGCACAACAUGGUUACCGAAAUCCCUUUCCAGAACUGUGCAAGGUUUGACUUCAGUGCUUCUUUCUCUAAAGAAAUGUCCAAUGAUUCGUUAUCAAAACUCAUCAGAAAUGGCUCGGAGGUUAGCUGAAAAUGUGCGGCAAGUCAUCAAUAAGGAAGCAGCUUUGUUUGAAUUCCGAAAGACAGACAUAACUCCACUGCUUCUUAUUUUGGAUCGACGAGAUGAUGCUGUGACACCGCUUUUGAAUCAAUGGACCUAUCAGGCAAUGGUUCAUGAAUUACUUUCCAUCAACAACAACAGAAUUAAUCUGUCGAGUGUACCUGGAAUUUCACGUGACCUCCAAGAAGUAGUCCUUUCUGCUGAGCAUGAUGAAUUUUACGCUAAUAAUUUGUACAUGAACUUUGGAGAAAUUGGCAACAACAUAAAACAACUUAUGGAAGAAUUUCAAAAGAAGUCUAAAGGCCAUGCUAAAGUGGAAUCAAUUGCAGAUAUGAAAGCUUUUGUUGAGAAUUACCCCCAGUUUAAGAAGAUGUCCGGAACAGUUUCCAAACAUGUUACUGUUGUAGGUGAACUGUCUCGUCUUGUUGGUCAGCAUAACUUACUGGAAGUUUCUGAAUGUGAACAAGAGCUGGCUUGUCAGAAUGAUCAUUCAGCUUCUUUACAGAAAGUUAAGAACCUGUUAAAUAAGGAAAAAAUCCGUGAUGUCGACAUGUUACGUCUUGUUAUGAUCUAUGCACUACGCUAUGAGAAACACAGCAGCAAUGAGAUUUCAGGACUUGUAGAUAUACUCCGGAAGAAGGGACUCAAUGAAAAACUACGUUCAAAGGUGCAAGCACUCCUUGAUUAUGGAGGGAGCCAAGCACGAGGAACAGAUCUGUUUGAGAAUGAAGAUCCUGUUGCAAUAACAAAGCGUUUCCUGAAAGGAUUAAAGGGUGUUGAAAAUGUCUACACACAGCACAAACCUCUGUUACAUUCCAUAUUAGAUCAACUAACAAAGGGCAAGCUGAAGGAAUCCAGUUAUCCUUAUUUAGGGACUGGGCAAUUGAAAGAUCGUCCACAAGACAUUAUAGUAUUUAUGAUUGGUGGAACAACAUAUGAAGAGGCUCUAACUGUGCACUGCAUUAACAGAUCUGUAACUGGUGUGCGUAUUGUUAUCGGUGGUACAGCUGUACAUAAUUCGAAAAGUUUUUUGGAAGAAGUAUCUCAAGCUGUUCAAGGACAAACACCGACACGUUAUAGCAACCAUCCACGGUGGUAAAAAAAUAUCUAAUAAAUUUCAAAAUUAAAAAGUCUUUUAUCCAUUGCUCUAAUUUAAGUGUUGUGUAAGAAAUUCUUUAUUAUGCAAAUUGAAAAAAAAAAAAAAUAAAAACUAAUGAACCAC